AUGAAUGGCACCCCCAUGCAUCUGUUACACAUUCUGUGGUGUUAAGUGCAUGUUAUAUGACUAUUGGAAAGUGCCUCAUUGAGAAACAUUACUCUCUUCUGCACAGUGGCGGACUGACAACUCAUGGGGCCCCCGGGCAAUAAGGGAUCAUGGGACCUCUGUGUCCUUGCCCAAACUCAAAAAAGCCUAUGAAAAAUGGUACCAGGGGCAUCUCAUGGGGCCCCCUACUAACCCCGGGUACUCGGGCAGCGCCCGAGUUUCCAAAUGGUCAGUCCGCCCCUGCUUCUGCAUGAAGAAAUGAAUAAACUUCAAC